UUGAUGCUAACGUUUCUCUUUUUUUUCCCUUCCUGCAGGUGACGUGGGUGGAGCAGCAGGUGGAGAGGCGGCGGGUGAAGAGGGACGGGGCCAUGGACGCCGACGGAGGGGCAGUAGGAGGGCCAUCGUCAGCAGCAGCAGCAGAGGGAGUUCGGAAUCGACGUCAGUUCUCGCCUUUCAAUGCCAGGAGUCCAUUCUUCCGCUCCAUCCCUCCGUCUCCUUCACGCCGAGGCUCCAGCCUGUUCCCGGACCCACUCUACGAACGCCAGUGGUACCUGAAGGAGGGCGCCAACGAGGGCUUCGACAUGAACGUGGCCCCGGCCUGGGCGCGCGGCUACACGGGCAGGGGCGUCGUUAUCUCCAUCCUCGACGACGGCAUCCAACACAACCACCCGGACAUCGCGCAAAACUACGACCCCAAUGCCUCCACGGAUAUCAACGACAACGACUCCGAUCCCUUCCCGCGUGACAACGGCGACAACAGGCACGGUACGCGGUGUGCCGGGGAGGUUGCCGCCGUCGCCUUCAACGACUACUGCGGCGUUGGAGUGGCGUACAAUAGCAGCAUUGGAGGCGUGCGGAUGCUGGACGGGACCGUGAACGAUGCCGUGGAGGCGCGCGCCAUCUCCCUCAACCCUGACCACAUCGACAUCUUCUCGGCGUCGUGGGGCCCCGAGGACGACGGCAAGACAGUGGACGGCCCGGGACCUUUGGCCAAGCGAGCCUUCAUCAACGGCGUCAUCAGGGGCCGCCACGGGAAGGGUUCCAUCUUCGUCUGGGCCUCGGGAAACGGCGGCCGACACACGGAUAAUUGCAACUGUGACGGCUACACCAACUCCAUCUUCACGCUGUCCAUCUCCUCGGCGUCGCAGAGAGGACACAAGCCGUGGUACCUUGAGGAGUGCUCGUCCACGCUGGCCACCACCUACAGCUCCGGCACGCCCGGCCUCGACAACAGCGUGGCCACCGUGGACAUGGACGGCGCCCUCAGACCCGAACACAUCUGCACCGUGGAGCACACAGGCACGAGCGCCUCGGCACCGCUGGCGGCGGGUCUCUGUGCCCUCGCCCUGGAGGCCAACCCUGACCUGACCUGGCGAGACAUGCAGCACCUGGUUGUCAUAACCUCUCGCUGGGACCCACUCAAGAACGAGGACGGCUGGUUUGAAAAUGCUGUUGGUCGCAAAGUGAGCCACAAGUUUGGGUAUGGUCUGAUGGACGCCGGUAAGCUGGUGGAUUUGGCGGAGAAGUGGACCACCGUCCCGCCCCAACACGUGUGCCAGACCAUCAAGGACAGAACAGAAAGGGGCAUACCCACCAUUAUGGGAGAGUCUGUGGUGGCAGAGAUCACAACAGACGGCUGUGCAGGAACCUCAGCUGAAGUGCGUUACCUGGAGCAUGUCCAAGCCAGGGUCUCGCUGCGCUUCCUGCCUCGAGGAAACAUCAACAUCAAACUUAUAUCUCCUUCAGGAACAUCGUCAACUCUCCUGUUUGAGCGGCCACGAGAUGUAUUUUCGGAGAAGUUCAAUGACUGGCCUUUCUUGUCAGUCCACUUCUGGGGAGAAAAAGCCGCAGGAACCUGGCAACUCAUCGUGAAAAAUGCCGGAACACGUCAAGUCCACCACCCUGGUGUGCUCAUCCAGUGGCAGCUCAUCCUGCACGGCACGAGGGAGCGCCCCGAACGCCUCCGCACCGAGCAGUUCCACCGAGCAGACUCAUUCUCUUCCAUCUCUCCACCAAUUGCCACUCAGUCCUUCUCCAGACCUGUCUUCCGAGCAUCCAAUCCUUUCACUCCAAGCAUUCUUGACCAGAUAUUUUCUGGCUCAAGUCCAAACGCCACCUAUGCCACAGCCGACGGAAAUAUUGUAACUGACCUCCGACAACCUGCUGCCGAUGCAGGUGACGACUUGAACAACUACGUGGAGUCCGAGGUGUGCCACAGUCAGUGUUUGGGUGGCUGCUCCGGGCCGGGGCCAGAUAAGUGCAGGGCCUGCACACACUACCGCCUUGAAGGGGAAUGUGUUGAGAAUUGUCCUGAGGGUACUUACACUUCUGAAGGAGGGGACUGUCUUGGCUGCUACGGACACUGUGCCAUGUGCAGCGGCCCUGCCCAGAACCAGUGCCUGGCGUGCCAGCCAGGCUACCUUUAUGUCCUCCACAUGGGUCUCUGUGUUGAAGUUUGUCCUGAAGAAUAUUAUGCAGGGAAUGGGAGUUGCUUGCAGUGUGGAGGCCUGUGUGCCGAGUGUACCAGUCCCACCCACUGCCUGAGGUGCAGCCACAACCUGCUCCUCACCAAUGGCUCCUGUCUCACCGCCUGCCCUCAAGGCUUCUUUGAGACCCAAGAUAACACAUGUGGCUCCUGCUUCCCGCAGUGCAAGACCUGUGUGGGUGGCAGCAGUGCAAAUUGUGCGUCUUGCAAACCCAGUUCUUUCCUCUACCAAGGGAAGUGUGUGUAUCGGUGCCCCAGCGGCUUGUUUGGCGACCGAGUGUCUCAGGAGUGCAAGAAGUGCCCUGCCGGCUGUUCCACCUGCUCGGCUGACUCCUGCCUGGCCUGCAUGGAUGGCUGGAGGAUCAAGGGCGGCCGCUGUGUGGCUCAGCCAACCCAGUGUGGCUUGCGACAAUUUUCUAAUGUAAAUGGAGAGUGCCAGUCCUGCCACUCAUCCUGCCUCUCCUGCACCGGGCGCGGCGCCGCGGACUGCCUCCACUGUGUGCGCUCCUUCUUCCUGCAUAACUCUGAGUGCGUCGAGGAAUGUCCAGAGGGAUUUUAUGGCAACCGAGGCCGAUGCUUGCCCUGCCGUCAUGGCUGCCAGGCCUGCACCUCCUACUCCUCCUGCAGCCAGUGCACCGCACCCUUCCAACUCUACAGCAACAAGUGCAUUGCCUCCUGUCCUCCUCGAUUCUACAGUGACCGGGGAGUGUGCUCGCCCUGUGAAGGGAACUGCAGAACGUGUUAUGGGCCCCGACCAGACCAGUGUGCCUCAUGCCUCAACGGUUCAUUCCUGCUGAAAACAUCUUGCCAUGGUUCUUGUCCUCCAUCCUACUAUGCGGACGGCACAGAAUGCCUUCCCUGCUAUCAAAACUGCUUGACCUGCAAAGGUUCGGGCCUGUAUGACUGCACCUCAUGCCAUGAUUUCUUCACGCUUGAUGGGGGCAUGUGCAUCGAGUGUCCGUCAGGGCGAUACUAUAAUAUCAGCUCCCAGGCGUGUGAGCCUUGCAAUGACUCUUGUUUGACGUGUUCAUCAGGAGGAGAAAAUGGCUGCACUUCUUGCCAGACACCCAAGUCCCUUCACCCCUCCACCAGCACCUGCAGGGAGUGUUGUCCUGCAGGUGUGCUGGAAGAGGACUCUGACUCCUCUUGCUGCUCGUGUGAUCCUGCUACUGGUCAGUGUUAUGGUGCUGUCUCAGCAGACAAGAGGAGAAUAGCUCUCAGCCUUGACUCCACUCCUCACCAGGCUCCACACAAACAGCUGUACUCCUACUCAGUAACAACACUCGUUGCUCUCGUGUGUUUCAUCAACCUUGUGAUAUUUGGUGCAGUAUUUACUGUGCUUCAGGCAAGAUCCAGAGGAUCUUUGUGCUGGGCCGGUGACUAUUCCUACAGAGUCCUAAAGUCUGGGAGCACUUUAGAACGUGUGUCCCUAACAGUCACACCUUUUCUAGAGGAUGAAUCUGAAGAAGAAAAAGAAAAUGAAUUGCUGUACAUGAAAGCUUAGUUAUCUAGUAAGUGAUGUAAGGAUGUGUGAAUUUUUAUCUUGCAGAAGGUAAUGUAAAAAUUCUCCUCAGCAUUAAAACAAGUGUUGAUUGUACCUGUCAUGAUAAUUUCAAGUUAGAUCCUUCCCCUAUUGAGAAUCCUCAGGUUGUUUUUGAAUCGAGCCAACUAAUGUAUUUGUUCUCUGGUUAGAGGGUGCAUUGUUUAUGUUCAAAUUCCACUGAGCUGUUUCUUGUUAGGACAGUGCUUGUAAGAAAAGUUUUUUUCUAAAGUAAUGAAGAAUGCUUCAUUGUUCAGACAAUUCCACAUUGUAAUGACAGCAUAUCAUGGGCAGUGACAUGCAGGUGGUGAACAUACAGCAUCCCAACCUGUCAGACUCAUUGCCAAGUGUCCAGGAUAACUGGCUGGAGAGCCUCACUCAGCCGUCACCUUCAGUACUGAAACAAGCACCGUGAUGGACCACACACCAGAUGUUUGGGAAGACACUUAGGAAGCUGACAACUUCAACAGUUUGAAACAGGAGUCACUGAUUGCCAGUGAUGAUUCUUUUCCCUUUGUCUUGGUGUGCCGGGACUUGUGACAAAAGAUAUCUUUUCAGUCUUGUCAAGUGGAAUUUUUAUCAUUUUGAGUAUGCAAACUUCUUAUGCUAUUUUAAUAUAUAUAUAAUCCAAGUAAGGUAUUACUUUAACAAUUUAAAUAUUUUAUGAUUUUUUAAUUGGUUUGUGUCUACAAAUAUUUAAUUUGGAGAAUGAGUGAGUUGCCUGCAUUGUAAAUUACUUGACAUUGGCAUCUAAACACUUGAGAGCUACACUUAACUCUCUAUGAAGGAAACAGUUAUAGUAACUGGGAAUUUCUUAUUCCUCUCACUAACUUCCCUGUUGCAAAAUACAAAUGCCUAUGUAUACAAAAUGUCCAAAGCAGUAGCUCAAGAUCAGGAAACAAAGUGUUAUGUGUGAAAACUUAUUUUUUUCAUUAGUAAAUUUUCUAUAUUCUUAACUGAUGUGAUUUCUUAACACUUUAAGAAAGCUAUUCAAAUGUACUUAUAUCUUGAUAAUCAUUCUCAGGUUAUAAUUCAACUGCAUUUCAUCAAAGUUUUGCCUUCUUGUUUUCUAGUAAUUAUUUUUUGUGUGAUGCAAGUCCAAACAAGUACUUGAUCAUAUAACAAAAUUAAUAUAAAGAAUGAAUAAUAGGAACAAAUAUUCAGCAUCCUUGAAGCCUGAAGGUAAAUACGUGGGAAUUAAUUUUCCAAAAUUAGUUUGGACUAUCAUUUUUUUUCAAUUUGCUAAUGGAAAAAGUUGUAACUAUAAAACUGUUGGCAAACAAUAGUUUAGCAAAAGUCAUAACAAUGCAGUAGGAUUGCAGUCUUCAAGCUUUUGAUCUUUGUGAGUCAUGCUUCUCACAAAACCUUCAAAGCAUGUCAUGUCAAAGUCUGUAUAAUCUCACUGCUGCUCACUUCUUGUGUUUGUCACCGCCCACCACUGCUCUGGCCCUCCACGGCAGGGCCAGCUGAGUGAGGACCUGUUUCUCAUCUUCCUUGUGGCUUGUUGAUAUUGAAUUUGAAUAAUGACCAUCAGCAUUGUGCUGCAUUAUAAGGUAUUUUGUUAUUGCAUAACCAGUGAGAGCAUUGUCCUUUGUAGAUUCCAUCCUUUGGUGACAUACCUGGACUUGCUCAGUAUGAGUUGGACUUUUGGUCAUUUAUCAGAAUUCAAACUGGUGAUUCUUGGAAUAGCCAGAGUAGAGAAGGGAAGCAGCCACUGAGUGGGUCCCAAGGUUUCAAAAAGUUAGCCAUCAAGUCAUUGUUCAUUUAGUCUGUGAAAGCCCAGGAAAACCACAGAUGUUCUGAGGGUUAUGCCACUACUGAUGAGCAAAGAAAGUCCUUCACAGUGUAGCCGCUGCCGUGUUUGGCGGCCGUGGGUCAGUGAGCAGUGUAGUGACAACACUCCUCAGCUGUAUAAUGGUGACAAUAUUUUCAUUGGUUGCCUGUUUUUAUUUUUUUCAUAGUUGUGUAAAAGUAAGACUGGAUAAUCCUACUGUGUGCAGCUUUUGUGUCACUUGAAGGAAGAAUAAAUCAAGAUUGGUGUGUGGCACCAGUCCAGUACCAAUCUUGAUGCUCAGCUUUCUUAUGAAUAUUUUCUUUUAAAGAAGCUAAUACCUAUGUUUAAAAUGUUUAUAUUUACUGAGUAUUUCUUACUCUCCCUUAUGUAAUGAUAACAGAUCUCAGACCUUGGCCUAGCCACGGUCUGGAAGCAUCAUUCUCCCUGAACCUACUGUAAUGCAAUGGAAUGAAGGACAUUGCUCUGUAAACAUUUCUGCAUCAAACAUUUAACCCAAUCUUCACUGUGUCUUCUAAUACAGGAGAUGCAACUAAUACACUCCUAUGCAUUGUCUUGUCAGUCAUUGCCUAACCCCAACAACUUGUAACAACCAUAAAACAUCAAUGCCAAUACACUGAGUAGUUCAAAUCUGUAAUUAUUAUUGAUCUCUCAUAUUAUAUCGAACACACUUAUCAUUUUUAUCUGAUGGUAUCACUUAAGAUUUCAGUAAACCCCAAACAAGUACACGUCUCCAGCAGUACUCAGCACACACAAGACAUGCUAUGCCUGUAGUGUUUAAGAGCCUUUGGUCUGUUCUUUACAGCAUGGGAACAAUUUAUGUAACUUUGUGUACAUUUUGAUUAUAUUUGAAAUUCAUGAAGGUGCAACAACAUUUUUUUACAAAUUCUCAAAGCCAUUUACCUAAUUGGCUAUUUUGUUUGAGUAUGCAUGUGUAAAAUGUAUAAAACUGUACAUUUUUAUAUUUUUAUAUAAGGUUAUAUUAUUUGUUAACUUAUCAGUGAAGUACUCAUCAGUAAUGGAGAGUUUUAAAUGUAACUAUAGACUUUCAGCAUUUUAUUUAUGUCAAAGAAGUAUGGUGCUGUUGCAAUAUUAGAACUUAACUCAUGUGAUAAACCACCGGGCAUCACUGACCCAUUGUAACUUAGGACGUCAGUCUUGUUUGCUUAGUUGUUUCUUUUGACCAAGUGAGAAACUUAUACAUGUAUGCAUCAGUAACUUGACAACAGUUUAUUUAGAGGGAAGCUACAAACAUUUCCUGUAAAAAAAAUAUAUAUAAGGUUUAUGUGAAAAUGUGCAUGAUGCAAGCUGUGAUGAAGCGCGAGGAACAGGUCACCAGCGUGUGGACAGUGGCUGGUGAGGAUGUGUCUGGAAAAGCUUGUGUUUGCAGUGGUGUUGUAGUGUGCAGUGAAGUUACCAUAGUAUAUACAUAUGUGAUAUUGAGCUUCUUUGUGACAUCUGAGAAAAAAGGAAACAAUUCUAGUCAGAAGUCCAUUUCUGAGGCAUUUAAUGGUGACUAGUAAUGACAAACUCAUGACUCAAGAAUGAUAUAGUGGAUGAUUUGGCACGACUUUAGAAAUGAACAGCACUUAGCCAUGGAACAGUGUCCGGCGUAGACGUGUUCCAUGUCACAAACAAGGACGUAAUGCCUUGUCAUAGGGUGGCCUUAUGAUUAACAUUAGGUAGUACUUUUAUAUUGCCAAUAGAAGUGUGGAUGUAUGAACAAGUUUCACUUCUAUGUGUUUAUGGCUGUCUUGAUUCUAAUUUUGUUCAUGUGUAGUAUUGUCUUCCCUAAUUUUCCUUUAUCCAAGAAAAUGUGAUGAAAGUUUACAAAUGUGUUCUCUGCAAAUGUAGCCGUAACCCCUGUGGGUCACACUGACGGAAAAAGUAACACAAUUGUUGUUUAGAUAUCAAAAUCUACUUUUUUUACUAUAAAAUAUGCUUUGGAAUUAUUAAAUUAAAAUGAUGUGUGUGCAUAUAUAUAUAUAUAUAUAUAUAUAUAUAUAUAUAUAUAUAUAUAUAUAUAUAUAUAUAUAUAUAUAUAUAUAUAUAUAUAUAUAUAUAUAUAUAUAUAUAUAUAUAUAUAUAUAUAUAUAUAUUACAUAAUUCGUAGUUUCAUUGAGUCAGUUUUACCAGAAUAAUGUAUGAGUUCAAAAGUUUGAUAUGCCAAACUUGAAAUAAUAGAAAUAUUGUAAAACAAUCAUAUCAAUAAAAUUUUUUAUAGCUAUAUAAGCAUAAACAAUUCAUGCUAGAUAUAUUUCCUGAGACAAAGGAUAGAUUAUAUAUCACUUUCUUAAUGGCAGACAAAGUAAUUGAUCCUUCAUAGCUCUAUAUUGUAGAGCAAAAUGAAAUAUCUCGUUAAACUUUAAAAAAGUAUCAGCAAUAAAAUGGUCAUUUUUAUUCCAAAGGUUUACAGUUUUUCAUCCUCGGAAGCCCUGUCAUCCACAUCUAACCUCACAAUGGUUCAGUAGACUAUGGCCUAGGUACACCAUGAGGGUAACUUGGCCCAUCAUCCCGACGCCUCGACCCUUGCCGGGGGACUAGUCAUUACACGACAAUACAAGUCAGUCAGCGACCAGUAAGGCGACCAUGCUGAGUAGACUGUGUGGCUGCCAGUGUGGGACAGUUUUUAUAUACUUGGUAUCCUCUACAUCCUGAAGCAGCUGUGCACAAGGAUCACAGCUUGUUUAGCUUCCUUGGGGUGUUAUGGCUCUUGCCGCUGUGUGAAUGUGAUUUUAUAGGUGUGAUGAUAUUAUUGCCCUUUCAGAGUUCAGAUUUUGGUAUCAAUCGUAGCAUUUUCAGAACUGCAUAUAUAAUUGAGUGUCAUGUGCAAUAGAACAUCAAAAGCAAACAUGUGCUGUGUCUACCAAGUUUGUAUGUCAGUAUGUACUCCUUAGUUAUGUAUCACCAACCAACACCUGCUUCUGGGAAAAAAAAAAGAGAAGAGAAACUAGGCUAUAUCAAAUGUUAAUUGCCUUAUCAUGUGGACUAGUGAUAUGAAACCCACUAAGUCAAAUCAACUGUGGCGUGUUGAUUUUUCGUAAAUAGUGAUAAUAUGCACUUUUCUAAAUAUAGUAGAUGACCAUGUGAGCUGCAGCAAUGCGUUCAGUAGUUUCUGAUAGGGAGGUUUAGGAAGUGAUAUAGCAAGUUAAGGAGGUAUGAGAUGUAAUGUGUUUCCUCAUAACAGAAUUGAGUAUUUGUUAUGAUGGAACUUGGUAUGAAAGACUUAGGGCCAUAUUUUUAAACAUAUCACUCUCCCAUUACGACCAUUUCCAUAGGCCACAGUGAAGAUUAACCAGGUGUUCAUGGGUGAUUUCUCUCAUUCAUGGUGCAGAAGUCGGGUAAAACUGUCACUAGGAUCACAAAACAGUCCAUGAAAACCCCAGCAAGUUCUACGAGAGGCUUUUCAAACUGGAGAACCGAGGUGCCGAUAUGUUUAAGACUACAGGCUUUAACGUUACAUUCCAUACAUCCUUCACGUAAUAUCAGUUCCUUAACCCUCCUAUCAGCCUCCACCUCCCGUCCUCCCACCACACGGGGCUCGUUGUUAUAUCACCGCGCUGGCCCAGUGCUCACCCGGCCCAGCGCGACCCAAGGGCAGUAUUAUUAUUACACAUAAACGUUACUGUUCACCAUUUGUGCAGUAAGCCCGUGAAUGACAUAACAAUAUAUACUCUGUACAUAUCUUAGGAAUAUAUAUAUUUAAUAAAAGUGUUAUACGUU